UUUUUUUUUUAACCUUAUUUAAAUUUAAAUAUGGUUAAAGAACAAUUCAGGGAUUGCAUCGGAGCUAUUAAGAUUAACAAAGUAUCAUUCGGUAUUGAAAGUGAUGCAAAUAUUAUUAGAGAAGCUCAAACUGAAAUAGUUAGUAAAGUGUUAUAUGAGCCUGGAACACGAAAACCAUAUCAUUUUGGUGUGCUUGAUCCAAAAAUGGGUGUUAGCUCUAAAGAUGUUAAAUGUGAAACCUGCGGAAAAAAUUUAAUUGAUUGUGUUGGUCACUUUGGUUUUAUAUCACUUGAACUUCCUGUCUUCCAUAUAGGAUAUUUUCGUCUUAUAAUAAAUAUCUUACAAAAUAUAUGCAAAAAUUGUGGUAAAGUUUUGUUGUCCGAAAGUCAGAAAGAACAUUACUACACCAUUCUCAGGAAACCUAACAUCAGCUAUUUGCAACGCAAGGCCUUACGGAAAAAGAUAAACGAGGUUUGCAAGAAAAUCAACCUGUGCCCUCACUGUAACACCUAUAACGGUCAGGUCAAAAAAUGCGGUAUGCUCAAAAUAUCUUACGAACAAUAUAAAACUGCGCCCAAGGACAUUAAAACGAAAUCAAAUAAGGACCUAGCACAAUUUUACGACGAGGCCAUGGAAGAGAACAAAGAAUUGACCCAAUACUUCAAACCUAUCGAAAUAUUGAACCCCUUGCGGGUCUUGGAGAUGUUUUCUCGCAUCCCAAGACGCGAAUGCCUCUUGCUGGUCAUGAACCAAGACCUGUGCCGACCGGAAAAUUUGAUCAUCUCGAAACUACCCGUUCCUCCUUGCUGCAUAAGGCCAAGCGUAUCGUCGGACAUCAAAGCCGGAACCAAUGAGGACGACCUAACAGUCAAACUAACUGAGAUCAUAUUCCUCAACGAUGUCAUUAAGAAGCACAAAAUCACGAACGCUAAAAUGCACAUGAUUAUGGAAGAUUGGGACUACCUCCAACUACAGUGUGCAUUGUAUAUCAACAGCGAAACCUCUGGAAUACCAUUGAGUAUGCAACCUAAAAAGCCGUCUAGAGGCUUAGUUCAAAGACUAAAGGGUAAACAAGGUAGAUUUAGGGGUAAUUUAUCCGGCAAAAGAGUGGAUUUUUCCUCCAGGACUGUUAUAUCACCCGAUCCAAAUUUGAAUAUCGACCAAGUUGCGGUUCCCAUACAUAUAGCCAAAAUUUUGACUUUUCCCGAAAAGGUUACUCCAUCCAAUAUCCAUUUUUUGCGCGCACUUAUAUUGAAUGGCUCUGACAUCCAUCCCGGCGCAAAUUUCGUCGAAGAUUCCGCAACCAAAUUCAAAAAAUUCCUCAAAUACAGCGACCGGAAAAAGAUUGCCUCCGAACUCAAACACGGCGAUAUUGUAGAAAGGCAUUUGAUAGACGGGGAUAUAGUGUUAUUUAAUCGUCAACCCUCUCUGCAUAAAUUGAGCAUCAUGUCUCAUUUUGCAAAAGUGAUGCCAGCCAAGACGUUUCGUUUUAACGAGUGCGUUUGCGCGCCUUACAAUGCCGAUUUUGACGGGGACGAGAUGAAUCUACAUUUGCCGCAGACCCAGGAGGCCCGUGCCGAGGCCGCUGGACUAAUGUCAGUCACCAACAAUUUGGUUACUCCUCGGAAUGGCGAGCUCAUGAUUGCUGCUACCCAGGAUUUCUUAACCGGUUCGUACUUACUCACUCGAAAGGACGUAUUCCUAACCAAGUAUCAAGCUUGUCAAUUGGUGACAGCUUUCCUAGUCGGUAAUGAUUGCAAAACGGUAUUCGAUCUGCCAGUACCAGCCAUAAUAAAGCCGAUAAAAUUGUGGACGGGAAAACAAAUCUUCAACUCGAUUCUUAGACCUAGUCUGCGUAGCGACAUUAAAAUAAGCCUUAGAAGUAAGGGCAAAAAUUACAGCGGCAAAGGGGAAGAUCUCUGCGUCAACGAUGGUUUCAUAGUGGUCCGUAAUGGAACUCUUAUAUGUGGUGUUGCCGACAAAUCCCUGUUAGGCUCGGGCACCAAGCACGAAUCAGCCUUUUACUCUAUAUUUCGAUAUUUCAACUCCCGCCAAGCUGCAAUCGCCAUGAUACGCGUUUGUCGAGUUUCUGUCGCCUACUUAAAGGACCACUCCGGUUUUAGCAUUGGUCUAGGUGACGUAACCCCUGGUCGGGGACUAUUGAAAGCCAAGGCAGAGCUGCUCACUAAAGGCUACGCAACCUGCAAGGGGUUUAUAGAGGCUCUGGCCAGAGGAGAACUUACAUGCCAGCCGGGAUGCACUCCGGAUCAGACAUUAGAAGCAGUUAUUUUGAAAGAGCUAUCGGUGAUUAGGGAACACGCUGGGCAGGCUUGCCUGAAAGAACUUCCGGCAUCUAAUUCUCCCCUCAUUAUGGCUUUGUGUGGUUCCAAAGGCUCCUUCAUUAACAUCUCCCAAAUGAUAGCUUGUGUUGGACAGCAAGCCAUAAGUGGUCAACGUGUUCCUAACGGUUUUGAAAAUAGGUCUUUGCCACAUUUCGAACGAUACUCGAAAAUCCCUGAGGCUAAAGGUUUCGUGCAAAAUAGCUUUUAUUCUGGCUUGACUCCAACCGAAUUUUUUUUCCACACUAUGGGAGGACGAGAAGGCCUCGUUGACACUGCCGUUAAAACGGCGGAAACCGGUUAUAUGCAAAGGCGACUUGUCAAAAGUAUGGAAGACCUGUGCAUUCACUACGACAUGACGGUUCGUAAUUCCGUAGGAGAAAUAAUACAAUUCGAUUACGGAGGGGAUAGUUUGGAUCCCGUGAUGAUGGAAGACAAGAAUAAGCCCUUCGAUUAUUCGCGCAUGCUCACUCAUAUAAAAAAUAUACAUAAGCCCGAUUCGAACGAAAGUAAUUUGACGCUACGCGAUACGCUUUUCGUAUUUGAUCGGCUCAAGACCGAGGGUCUAUUUAAACAAUGCGAUUCGCCUCACUUCGAAGACGAAGUCAAAACUUUUCUGGUCAAACACCAAACCGGCUUGGAGGCGCUCGCUAAUUCCUACUCAUCACCUCGAGAUCCCUUACGCCUAAUCGAUAUGAAUAACUCGACUUUGAAUCAAUUAUGGCGAUUCACCGAGUCGCAGUUGAUUUCAUUUUUAAAAUUCUGCGCCUUCAAGUACAAGCACGCGCGUAUAGAACCCGGAACCGCCGUAGGGGCGUUAGCGGCUCAAAGCAUAGGUGAACCUGGAACUCAAAUGACGCUCAAAACUUUUCACUUUGCCGGCGUAGCGUCCAUGAAUAUAACGCUCGGUGUACCCCGCAUCAAAGAAAUCAUAAACGCGGCCAAAACGAUUAGUACCCCUAUCGUUACGGCUCUACUCGAUGGGCCCUCCAACGAUCCCAACUUUGCCAGAGUCGUUAAAGGAAGGGUAGAAACGACCACGCUAGGACAGGUGACUGAAUUUAUCGAGGAAGUCUACACCCCCAUUUCCUGUUUCAUAUUGGUCAAAUUGAGUUUAGAUCGCAUCAAAUUAUUGAAACUCGAAGUGACAAUCUAUUCUAUUCAGCUAUCCAUAUUGAACAAUUCCAAAAUCCGUACCAAGAUGGGGGAUGUAAAGAUUGUGAAUGGUUGCGCUCUACAGAUUUUUCCUAACAGGAAGAAUAGCAAAAUUUCUCUGCAUUUUACUUUGCAGUUAUUGAUGGAAGAAGUGCUGAAAACUAUAAUAAUAGGAAUACCUUUGACGGUGAGGGCCGUUAUUCAUGCCGACGAUUCAAAGAAAGAAACCACGUAUAAAUUAUUGGUGGAGGGUAAAAAUUUUCUCGAAAUAUUGGCAACGAGAGGUAUAAAAGCCCAAAAAACUACGUCCAAUAAUAUAUACGAGGUCGAAAAAACUUUAGGAAUCGAAGCGGCAAGAACAACAAUUAUCAACGAAAUAGUAUACACGAUGUCCAACCAUGGCAUGAGCAUAGACAUCCGUCACGUUAUGCUACUCGCCGACCUCAUGACCUAUCGAGGUCAAGUUCUUGGUAUAACUCGCGACGGUUUGGCGAAGAUGAAAGAAAGUGUCCUCAUGCUUGCAUCGUUCGAAAAAACGGCCGAUCAUUUAUUCGACGCAGCGUACCACGGACAAGUGGACGAGAUAAAUGGCGUGAGCGAAUGUAUAAUCAUGGGAAUGCCUAUCACCAUCGGCACCGGACUCUUCAAAACACUAUUAAAGAAUGAGAAGAAACGAGAGCCUAUUCAAAGAGAACUAAUAUUUGAUGUCCCCGAACUACAUCGAUAAAAAAAAUUUAUAAUUUAAUUUAUGUAAUCUGAUAUUUAUUUAUUUUACGAAUUCGUAGAUUAUAAUCUAAAAUAAUUCAACAAAUUUGUA